AACCGAAGUUCGUUCCAGUUCUAUGACAGUCUGAUCGCGGAGUACCUCUGCUGCAGUCGUGUAGGGGGUUAGCCAUACUAACUUGCUCGCGCCGAUUGUUCCAAUCUGAUGGCAAAGUUAGUUUUGUAACUUGUAUUACGUUGUUUUCAGUUAUUUUUUUCUUGCUCAAAAAACUGUUUUAUAGUGCCGCCGCUGUGUUAUCAGUGAAAAAAAGGAACACUUAAAGAAUUUCACCUGCAGUCUUUUCUUCGAAUUCCUAAUUGUUUUAAUCAUAUUUAAACCAAGAAAAAAAAGUGUAAAUUCUUGUUUGUUUGUUUGCUUUUUUUUCUACCGAAACUACAAUAGAUGUGAUAACAGCAAGUGAAAGAAAAAAGGAUAAUAUCAUGAUAGUUUGUAGAUAAAUAACCGAAACAGCUGAGUGGUGGUCGUAAAGUGGACAUAGCAAUAUUCACUGUCACAACCGACUUGGCAUCAACUGUCCUUCUGACAACACGUCUCAAACAAGCUAUAUUUCCUGACGGAGUUACCCACAACAACAUUUGUGACGUUUUUUCUCCAGUUGAGAGUCAUGGAACGUGCCACGGUGAAGUCACCCGGAGACAGUCUCCACCAAUCAUGGCUCUCACAGAAAACGACGGCUUGACGAUAGACUCCGCCCAGCACUCACCUUAAGGAGACACACCCCACAAGAGGCCGUUGCCAUGGCAGCGAAAGCAACACGACAGCGGGUGGGCGGUCCCUAUGUGGGACCGUAUGGCCCCUCCCCUGUCACUCAAGUGGCGUAUACCGAGUCGCGCCAUCUCCACCCGGAGAGGCUGCCCAACAAGAGGCGGGACAAGGCGGUGUCACUCAAGUUGAUUGACGUCAGUCGGGAUACGAUCGUCAAUGUGAAGAGCCUGUCAGAGUCACUGAAGAGACUUAUCGCCGCUAACCUCCAGCUCAAGACAGUACCGGACGAUCUUCUCAACGCCCUCGUGGCUCUCACAAAGCUGGACUUGAGCUCCAACCAACUGGGAGAUGCCUCCUUUCCAGAGUCGAUGAAGAGGCUGGAGAAUCUGCUGGAGAUCCGGUUAAACCGGAACAACUUGACUCGGGUACCCGUAUGUUUGCGGAGGUUAAGGAAUCUCACACGGCUGGACAUUAGUGACAACCAGAUCCCGCGAGACAUCCGUCACCUGAAGCAGCUGGUCGACCUUGACGUGUCCGACAACCAGAUCAGCAUCCUGCCCACGGACAUCUUCCUGCUGCCCCGGCUAGACGUUCUCACGGUCAGCCAGAACCAGGUGACCAAAGUCCCAGCCUUCAACGUCCGGCCCCAGGACAAGCACUGGGUGUCCCACAUCGACCUCUCCGACAACAAACUCGCCAACUUCCCCGGACACCUGCUGCUCAUGUCCUCCAACCUUGACCUUAGCGGCAACAAGAUCCGGUCUCUCUCCUACCACGCUAUCAAGAAACUGGACGUCCGUAAAGGACAAGUCCUUCACCUGGAGGAGAACCCCCUGACCUACCCGCCGUCUGACGUCUGUGAGUCCGGCUUGAAGCACAUCGUGUCCUUCUUCCAGGAGAGUCAGUCCGAGAUCAAGGUUUACCAGGGGGUCAAGCUGAGUAUCUGGGACUUCUGCGGCCACCCGUUCUACAUGUACCCUCACUAUGUGUUCUUCGAGCAGCCGACCAUCACCAUUCUCACAUUCAACAUGGCGGAGUACAGAGACGAGCGCUUCGAGGAGCAGAUAGGCUGCUGGUUCGACUGGAUGAUCGCCAAGACCAACAAGAUAGUGGUCAUCCUGGUGGGGACACAGAGCGACAAACUGGACAAGGCCCAGAUACAGAGAGUGGCUAAGAGCGUCCGGAUCAAGCUGACAGAACACAUCGAUAAACAGACAGAAAUGACCAAACGUCGAAUCAGGGCGAUAGAAGACCGCCCCCACAUCUCCCCCACCCUGUCCGAGCAGCUGAAGGCGUACAUGAAGCUCCUACAAGCCAAGUUCACGGUCCAGACUGACGUGAUCAGCACCAGCAGCAAGAACUACCUUGGCUUUGACAGGCUCCGGCAAGCCAUCCAGACGCUGUCAGGGGACAGACAGCUGUUCCCGAACGUUAUGAGAGUUAUCCCCACCUUCUGGCUGGACGUGCAGCACUAUAUUGAGGAGCGGGGGAACGCCAUGUCAGUUCCCGUUCUGAAGUGGGAUGACUUUGUGGAGGAAGUUACGUCACGUUUUGGCAUGAAACACCUGAUGAAAGCUAUCGCCCAAUAUCUGCACGAGACGGGGCAGAUUCUGUGGUUCUCUAACAUCGAGUCGUUGAAGGCCAGCGUGUUCAUCCGUCCCUCCUGGCUGUUUGACGUGUUCAGGUCGCUGCUGCGUCAUGACUUCAAUGACGUCACCUUCACUCCUGACGACCAACUCAGGGCUGCCGGCCUGACCACCAUGAAGUUUGACCGGCUCAAACAGGAAGCUGUGAGUGAGGGUGUGCUUGACCGUGACCUUGUCCGCUGUCUGCUCGCCAAGCUGAUCCCCGCCGACCUGGUGACCCCGGCCACAGAGGUCAUGAGGCUGCUCACAGACGGGUUCGAACUGGGAUACUCCAUCUCCAAGAAGCAGCGCGACUCCAUCUACACUCUGGUGUCGGAUAAGGACAACGAGGGGAAGGCUAAGCUGACUAAGAUCUUAGUCCCGUGGCUGCGGAAAAACGCUGAGCCGGACGAUUUUCUGCACAUGUGGACGAGCAAACACGAUCACAGGAAGCUGGUCAACUUCUUCCGCUUCCCACACUUUUUCCCGCCUGGACUAUUUGAAAUCGUGAGCGUCCGCGCGUACGCGGAUAAACACAAACUUCGAUUCAAGCACCAUUGGGGCGGAGGGAUACAUGCCGAACAUACGCAAGAGAAGGUGCAUGUGGUGAUUAGCUACUUCCAGCUGUCAGAAGAAGAAAGGAGAAAGAAGGUGAGGGGAGACGGGCUGGGCGGAGGAGCCACGUUGGAGAAUGGUGGUAAUGGUGGUGGUGGCGACGGCGAUGAUGAUGAUUGUGGUGGUGGUGGUGGUGGUGGUUUGGAUGACGAUGAGGAGGCUGCUGAGCUCGGGGUGAUGCUGAAGUACGAGGUACGUGACGACAGCGGCGAUGAGGCGGAUCUGACGCCGGCUGCCACUAUGUGGACGAUCAUGUUGCCGCUACUGAUGGAGUUUGAGGAGCUUCUGGGUUCUUAUGCCGGUAUUCUGGUGGAGCGACUCACCGAGUGCCCCCUCUGCCGGCAGCCAUCUUUCUUGGGGGAGUGGCUGACCCCAAAAGAGACUCAGGGAUUGGCUACACGGGUCUGCGAGUCUUGUGGCCAGGAUGUAGAUACGGCGUUUUUGGUGCAGCCUAGGGAGAAGAAAAGAGUGAUUAUCAAACGAAAAACUCCAGUCCCCGUCCCGCCCCCUGCCACACCCCCUGCCACACCCCCUCCCCCUCCCCCUCACUCGACCAUUCUGCCCCCCGUACCGGAAGAGGAAGCAAUCACGACAUUCUCCGAGACGUGAUGAGGCGGUCCCGACAGCGGCGCGGCGCCGCAGUGACCAAUGAGCUGUCAGACAUAGACAAGGUAGCCCCGCCCAACCCCAGACGAGUGGCCGUGCCGUACCCGGAACUAGACAUACAGGACGGCCUACAGGGGUUGCUAGGCAACACAAACCGAAGUAACAGCCUCGUUUCCAAUAUAUCCGACUUGCUCGCCGGAAGUGACGCAGCGGAAGACGACUCCGACUUGAUCAGAAGUCUCCGGGGCGGGUUUCUCCCCGAUGGUGUUGACAUUAACGACAUUCGGCUCCUGCAGGAGAUCAGGAAACGGUCCAGCCAGCUUACCCUGGACGAGAUGACAAACUCCCCGACCUCUGCGCCCAACAACGACUUCUUCGUCACCUACAGGGAGGAGACAGACGACGGGAAUAAUGGCCGCGAGGAGGAGGAGGAGGGAGAAGAGGAGGAGGAGGGAGCUUACGGUGGGGGCGUUGAGAACUUCACUUUGCCAGGGCUCGCGGAAUUUCAGCGGCGUCUGGGACUACAAAUGUCAGCUGCUGCUGCUACAGCUGAGGAGGAAGAGGAUGA